GUGGGACCGAGCACACCUUUAGCAGAGACGACUGUUCCACUCAGACCACUGAGGACGUUCUUCUGCGUCACCAUGGGGCUACCGUUACGUCCACCAGUGGCGGUCUGUGUUCUCUUGCUCCUGGUGUGUGCCGCUGGGUCAGCCGCUGAUAUGACCUCUGGGCUGACCUCUGAAACCAACGGUACGUCACAGCAGGAUUCCAUUGCGCGCGACUGCAGUGAUCUGCCUCGGGGCACAACAAGCGGUGUCUACAUGAUAAUGGUGGAUCUCCAAACUCCGACCCCAGCCUACUGUGACAUGGACGAUGGCGAGGGAUGGACCGUCUUCCAAAGAAGAGCCGACAUCACACCCAGGCAAGACUUCUUCCAGGACUGGGAGGCCUACAAAUGGGGCCUGGGAAGUUUAGAAGGAGAGUUCUGGUGGGGACUUCACUACCUCUGGCAGCUGACCUCCCAGAACCGCAUUUACGAGUUACGGGUCGACCUCUGGGAUUGGGACGAGCAGACGAGGUACGCCACCUACCAGAAGUUCACCAUCGCGUCCGAGGCCGACGGCUACCGACUGGACUUUGUUAAUUCCUCGUACGCCGGGGACGCUGGAGACAGUCUAAGCUACCACAAUGGAAUGAAGUUCUCCACGUUUGACAGAGACAACGACGCUACCUCGGGUGGCUGUUCAUCUUACAACAAUGGAGCAUGGUGGUAUAAAAACUGUCAAUACUCCAACCUCAACGGACUGUACAUUCCGGGGUCAACAGACACAAAAAGGUCGGUCCGGUGGGCUCACUGGAGAGAUCAGUACAGUCUGAACGCCACCACAAUGAAGAUCAGACCCACAAAUACGCUCUAAACACCCGGAGCUGUAGGCAACAGAUGCAAACUUUCGUUGGGCUGCACUCUUACUAAUUUGUUUUCGUGUUGGCAAAACUCGUAUUUAGCUUUGUGCAGCUGUUUUUGUUCAACGGCUAAUAUUAUAUGCAUUUUUGUUUUGUGUGCCUGGUCAGAAAAAAAAGACCAAUGCCCAUCGAAAUCAAUUUCAGCAAUAAACUGAACAUGGUC